AUGAAGUCGAUUACAGUUUUGAGCCCUUUGGCAUUCGCCGUUUUAGCCAGUGGAUACACUUUGUAUUCAGAUACCACCACUGUCAACCUUAACGCCUCGCUGGCCAGCUUUGCUCCAAGUGGGCUCUACAUUGGUGCCGCCAUUAGUGAUCAAAGCUCCUCUGAUCCAGUCACUGAUCCUGCUCUGCUCGUCAGAAAGGACUAUAACAUGUAUGUCGCGGAAAACAACUGUAAAUGGGCUGCCACCGAACCCUCCCAAGGCACUUUCGAUUACUCGGGUUGUGACGCUGCUCUCAACUUCGCAAAGUCGGUUGGUGCCACUUUCCGCGCCAACCUUUGCUGGGGUUCGUACAACCCAUCGUGGCUGGACUCGGGAAGUUUCAGCGGUACUCAGCUUUCAUCCAUUUUGACCAACCAUAUUAAGAAUGUAGCUGGUUAUUAUGCUGGAAAGGUCUAUGGCUGGGAUGUCGUCAACGAAGCUGUUGCCGAUGAUGGAUCCUCAACACCAAACCUCAAAGCCAGCACUUGGUACCCUACCCUCCCCAACUUCAUUGACGUUGCUUUCCAAGCAGCCAGAGCAGCCGACCCUAAGGCCAAGUUGUUCUACAACGACUACUCUGCUGAAGCCUGUGGACAAGCUAAAUCCGAUGCCGUUUAUGCUUUGGUGAAGGAUUUGAAGACUCGUGGAAUCCCUAUUGACGGUGUUGGUCUCCAGAUGCACAUUAACACUAACGCCACCGGCUACAUCACUCGCUCAACUGUUGGUUGCAACAUCAAACGCUUGGGUGCUUUGGGACUUGAAGUCCAUAUCACUGAAAUGGAUGUCCGCUGCCGAGCAGGUGCUAGCGAUACUUGCGAUCAACGACUCAAGGCCUAUGUGUAUCAAACCGUGCUUCUUGCUUGCCUUGACAAUCCUGGUGUUUGCAAGGGGUUCUUGACCUGGGGCUACACCGACAAGUACACAUGGCUAUCAACAUUCCAAAAUCCUGAUAAUGUCGACCCUGCCCCUCUAUUGAACGACAUAAAUGGAAAGCAAGUUGUUGCUUGGAAUGAAUUCCAGGCCGUUCUCAAAGCUGGCACUGGUGCAACUACUACCACCUCGGCAACUACCACUACUACUACUACUACUACUACUACUACUUCAUCAACCAAAACCACUACUUCCAAGACUACUACUCAACCCACUACCACAACCACUACUGCCACUUCGACAGCAACUGGUGCAUGCGCAACUAUGUGGGGCCAAUGUGGAGGCAUCCAAUUUACAGGACCAAAAUGCUGUUCCGCCGGUACAUGCAAAUACCAGAACGAUUAUUAUUCUCAGUGUCUGUAA